UGUGCUACGACUGACAUUUUUCUUUGUGCAAUUUCUGUUGGGUCGCUCGUGAAAUAUCCCGUUAUUUCCCUUUCGUAAUUCUUCUAACAAAGGCAUUAUCUAUUUGUGACGGUCCGCCGUGGUUAGUAGAGCAAGAGUUAAAAAUCCGCAAGCGCUAGGUUCAGUGACACUGCCACGAAAGAAUUUAUUUUGAUCAUUUCUAAUAUCGAUUUUAGACAUCGUGUGAAAAAUAUAUGUAUUAAUGAAGUUAAUUUAUUAGUGAGAACGGGUGGUUGGCGAACAAGCAGCAAGAUUUUUGUGUCACGGUACAAACCAAGAGUGAGCCGUGUCUUGGGGGAAAAGCACCCCGGGCACUACGGUGGCCCCAGAUACACCGGCGCCAGCGCCCCAGCCUCCGGGGGUGCUGGAGAUGACGGGCACGGAUAAUACGCGGUUCAGCGGGCACACGCUCGACAAGGCCACCAAGGCGAAGGUCACGCUAGAGAACUUCUACACAAAUCUCAUUACCCAGCACUAUGAGAGGAAACAGAGACUGGAGAAACUGGAGGAGUCGCUCAAGGAUGAGAGCCUGACAGAGAGCCAGAAGCAAGAAAAGAGACAGCAACACGCCCAGAAGGAGACAGAGUUCCUGCGGCUAAAGCGGUCGCGGCUCGGCGUGGAAGACUUUGAACCACUCAAGGUGAUCGGCAGAGGCGCGUUUGGUGAGGUGCGGCUUGUACAGAAAAAGGAUACUGGACACGUUUACGCAAUGAAGAUACUUAGGAAAGCUGACAUGCUGGAAAAGGAACAGGUGGCGCACGUCAGAGCCGAGCGGGACAUCCUAGUAGAAGCGGACCACCAGUGGGUGGUGAAGAUGUACUACAGCUUCCAGGACCCGAUGAAUCUGUACCUGAUCAUGGAAUUCCUGCCCGGUGGUGAUAUGAUGACACUGCUCAUGAAGAAGGAUACGUUGAGUGAAGAGUGCGCGCAGUUCUACGUAGCGGAGACCGCCCUCGCCAUCGACAGUAUACACAAGCUUGGAUUUAUACACAGGGACAUAAAACCGGAUAACUUGCUAUUGGACGCGCGCGGUCACAUCAAGCUGAGCGACUUCGGUCUCUGCACCGGCCUCAAGAAGAGCCACCGCACCGACUUCUACCGCGACUUGUCCCGAGCAACCGCAUCAGAUUUCAUUACUAACUGUCUAAAGAGGCAGAGAAACCUUGAAACGGACGUUGCCGCAAAGAGGGCAGGCGACUUUACAGACGUUCUGCUCACUCCAGUUUCGACGUCCUCUUCCGCGAUGGACUCGAAGCGGCGCGCCGAGUCGUGGAAGCGCAACAGGCGCGCGCUCGCCUAUUCUACCGUGGGCACGCCCGACUACAUAGCGCCCGAAGUGUUCCUGCAAACCGGCUACGGCCCGCAGGCCGACUGGUGGAGUUUGGGCGUCAUUAUGUACGAAAUGUUGAUCGGCUACCCCCCAUUCUGCUCGGAGUCGCCGCAGGAGACGUACCGCAAGGUGAUGUCGUGGCGGGAAUCGCUCACUUUCCCGCCCGAGAUACCGAUUAGCGAGGAGGCUAGGGAGACCAUCCUGCGCUUCUGCUCAGAGCCUGACCGCAGGUUAGGCUCGCAGCGCGGCAUAGAGGACGUGAAAUCCGUGCCUUUCUUCCGCGGCGUGGACUGGAGCCAUGUGCGGGAGCGGCCGGCCGCAAUCUCCGUGGAGGUGCGCUCCAUAGACGACACCUCCAACUUCGAUGACUUCCCCGACGUCAAGCUGGAGAUACCAGCGGCACCAAUAUCACAAGAAGGAGAAGUGGCGUACAAGGACUGGGUAUUCAUCAAUUAUACGUUUAAACGUUUCGAGGGGCUCACACAACGCGGCACUCCCACUAAGAAAUGAGCCCCCAAACCGGCAUGACACCUGACGUUUGUCGGCGCUGAAUGUACGCUCUAGCUCGGCCGCCGUCGCUGCGGUUUUCUUGCCGGUAGCUUAAGUACAAAGUCGUAGUGAUAUAGAAAAGUGACUUGACGUCACACGCACUCGAUAUACGUAAGCUGGCGCUACCCAAAAUCUGUCUUAAGAAUUCUUUAAAAUAGCAGGUGAAUCCGUUACUAGCUAUUGAGGUGUUAUCCUAGGGUACAUUUGAUUCCCAAAUCUUGUCGAUAAUGACAGCUGUCUGUGUAUAUUUAAUGCAACUGUUAUAAUUAUUUUCUAGUUCUUCUAUACACUUUCAUUUAUUUCUAUUUCUCUUUAGCUUUGCAUUUUUUUAAGUAAUUAAUCAUUUUUUCUUGUCUCUCUCGUAUGUUGUGUAUUCUCCCGAAACUAAGUGAUUCCAGUACUAAAAUUUUAUUGACAUGUCAUCUGUAAAUUAAAUAUACACGCAUGAUUUUAAUUGACAAUUUUCUUUGUAUUGACAAGAUCGGAUAGCUCUCGAUGUACUGGUUUAUCUAGAUAGUGUUCAAAUCUGACAUGAUUUUGGGCAGAGCCAGCGUAACUUGACCUGUUCACGGCAGCCGCCUGCCACUGGGUCCCAACAAACUUGCAUUACUCGUAAGGUAAACCGAUAAUUCUCAUUGCGUAAUUUCUUGUACAAAUUGAUAAUUCUCGAUUUGUUUUAAUUGUCUCGUUAGUAGUAUGAAACCAGUACAGUUUAUUAUAUAUAAUAUUUUUUUUUCUUGUGCUUAGUGUACCUACUAAUAAAGAUUUUGGUGUUGUAUAUUUUUAUUAUUCGAUACUGUCCUUUGUUAAGACAUUUUUGUAGUACUAAUGGAUGAUAUAAUAUUAAGUAAAUUAUUUGUGGAAAUAUUGUAAUGAAGUAUUUUGACUAACUGGUUGGUAGUCGCUUGUGACGGCUCGCUCGGUGAUGUGUAUCGAUCGAAGAUCGUUGAGCCUUUUCCUCACCUAACAAUUUUUGCUCACACAUUUUAUACCUAAUAUAUUUCCGUUCACCACAAUGCUUAGUUUUAUAAUUAUUAAGAUACAGAAGCUUGUUGCGAUGCAAUUAUUUUGCUCGACGACGACUCAUUCGGAACGACUUUUCGAAGUGCCCAAAGGGAACCCUCCGAGCGGCUUAGUCCAUGACAAUUGAUAUUUUCAUGUAACAUUUGUCUUUACAGUAUUGUGUUCCAAAUUGACAGGAGCAUAAUUCACAGUUUCAAAUGAUGCAGCAAUACCUAUGUAAUUUCAUAAUCUGUUGUUACAAUUAACUGUAUUAGGAGGAUUCGUAAAUGGGACAAGAUUUGUAUGAAUUACAAAAAGUUAGUUGGAAAUUACCAAUAGAUCCGAUUGUGCAUGCAAUACUCUGAUAUAUACGCACAUACCGAGCGCGUCACCCGAGCAACAGAGCCUGCUAAGCUGCGGGCACAUAGACAUUAGUGAUGUAGUAUUUAAAGAGAAAUAAUGUUUUUUGACUCCUAACGUACUUUGUUUUGGUGAAGUUGUGUUUAUGUGUUAAGGCAACCUUCUAUACAGUACACGUGUUCGGAUGUCGCGUGGGCCGCCAAGCCUCCCGCAUAGUUUUGAGUGCGUAUUCUGCAAUAUAACGAUGUGCGUGCCAGUCGUUCGUCCUCAUUGCGCCUUUAAUACGGCCGUAAUUGGGUAAACACGUACGUUACCGUACGUUUUGUGUCAGCACUCGAUUUUUCUAUUACAUUAAUGCUGUAAUACAAACCAUUAAUACCAAAAUGUUCAUUCAAUACAUUAAAAGUGUAUUAUUGUAUUGUGUGUGCUCUAAAGGACGGAUGAUAAUGGCAGCAUCGUUCCUGUACAAAGAGAUGUAGUUGCAUAAUUGUACUGCUUUUUAAAGAGCGCGACGUUAAGAGGCUAUUUAUAAAAGUAGAACUGUUACCGAUCGAAAUGUGAGCUGCAAUACCAAUUCUAUCGGUCCGUAACAGGAUGACCGUAGGUAUAUUAAAUAUAAUUAUGUAGAGGUCGCGGCACGUAAAUCUAGCGCUGAAUAAAACGCGGAGGGGAUAGCUGUGUAUGGGUACGACUGGAGAGCCAAUCGGCGAGACGCACGCCCACCCGCGUACCUCGUUUCCCCCCAAGCCAUCUUUAUUUUUACUCCUGCGCAAUAAUGAUCAGCCCCAGAGUUUCUUGCCGCGACUUAUAUUUUUAAUGAUGUAGAGUAAUUGAUUUUUGUCGCUAUCUUUGUACUGUACUCGUUGUAACGAGACAUUUACUGUGAACAAUAGGGGUGAUGACGGGGUACAGUAAACGAAAUUGUAUUUAGUCCGUCAGUUAGAUGAUCAAAAAAUAAUGGACCAUUUCAAUUUUUUCUUUGGGCAAUCAACCAAAAUAUAACAAAGUUAUAGCGCUUCAAAGUUUGGGAGUCUGUCUGAAGUUUGACGUCACUUUUUAGUGAAUUUUCACUUAAAAGUGUACCAAAACGUGACGUCAUGCGACUUUUCAAAUCAAUAUAUCUCUGCAAUGUUUAUAUUAUGUGAAAAAAUAAAAAAUACGUGUCCUAUACUUUUUGAUCAACUACCUGUUAAACGAAGAAAAAAAAAUUAGUCAUCAUCCCUAUUCAACAGAGCUGUGCGUCUGUAAAUCGUUAAAUGAAAAUGGCGGAUGUUAUGCGCCCGAAACUCAUUGAUUUGUUGACGUAAUUAUGAGAAUGGUACUCUUUAAAAUUUGGCGGAAUUGUGGUGAAUACAAACGAGCCAUUUAAUGAAGAAAAAGAAGGCUUUUGUAAGGUUUGUUCACAUUAAAUCUGUUGUUAUAACUAGUACAUAAUGAUUGACGCGUAUGUCUGAUUACAUUCUCCUGUUCGGUAGGCGGGGUUUAUUCGGCCUGUUUUUCUGUGAUGACCCGAAAACCCCGUCCCUUGACUUUCUUAUCUUGAGUAACAUUUUGAUAUGACGAAACAGUUUUCAUGCACAUAUUUUAAUAUGACAUAGAGCUGUAUUGUUUAGCUUUUUUUUUGCUUGAAAAGUAUCAUAUAUGUAUAUAAAAAGCAGCAUAGAUCAUUUAUUAAGCUAUUUAUUAUUGUUUUAAGUGUGUCGCAUCUAGUUUAGUUGCAAAUAUCGAAGUACGAUAAACGAAACCCCUUUUCGGUGAUUAAUUCAUUAACUUCUUUUUUAUGGUAUUUUUGUGUUACUUCCUAGAUCGAUCGAUUGAUCACGAUGUUCAAAAGUCAUGGUUUCAAAAAAAGCGUGUACGUCUCGGGAUGCACGACAGAACUGAUAAUUUAAACUAAUCUAUGCGGUGCUGCGGGUAAGAGUGAAAGAGAAGGAGCCUGCCCACCGCUGCCGUAUGCGUGAGAGGAAGGGAAGCCAGACAAAAUGGCGCCGUAACGCGUUACGUAACGAAGCGGUUUACCCACCCAUAAUGGCGUAUCCACACAUGCCGCCGGGUUUGCCGCCGGCUUUCAGACAGCAUACCCAAAAUCAUAAGAUGCAUGUGCCGCCGGGCAUAUGUGGAGGCGCCAUAAGAAGUUAUCACUUCUAAAAAAAAAAUAUUAAGCUCUGUAAAGCCAUCAUAUCAAAUUUCCUGAUUUGAUUAAGCUUUUGAUCAGACGUCAUGUCAAACGUUCUGUGGUUUCGUCAGAAUCAAAGUGUUGCUCGGGAGGUUUAAUGUUUACAUACCGCGCGAUUCUCCGACACGACCCGCUCACAUAUUAAGCUGUUCGCUUUGUUAUUGUUAUCAAAGAUAAAAAAAAUAUGAAUUAUUUAAUUUCUUAAAUUGUAAGUUUUUGAAUUAUUUUGUUUAAUACUUAUUGUUUCUUCCAUGUGAUUUAAGAAAGUGGCAAUACAAAUAAGCAUUAAAAUAUUUUUUUCGUUUCAUUGCCUGUUA